AUGGGAUGUCGGCAAAGCUCAGAGGAAAAAGAGGCAGCGCGGCGGUCCCGGAGAAUUGACCGCCACCUGCGCUCAGAAAGUCAGCGGCAGCGCCGUGAAAUCAAACUCCUCCUGCUGGGCACCAGCAACUCGGGCAAGAGUACCAUCGUCAAGCAGAUGAAGAUCAUCCACAGUGGCGGCUUCAACCUGGAGGCCUGCAAGGAGUACAAGCCCCUCAUCAUCUACAAUGCCAUCGACUCACUGACCCGUAUCAUUCGGGCCCUCGCUGCCCUAAAGAUCGAUUUCCACAACCCGGACCGUGCCUAUGAUGCCGUGCAGCUGUUUGCACUGACUGGCCCAGCAGAGAGCAAGGGUGAGAUUACACCCGAGCUGUUGGGUGUCAUGCGCCGGCUGUGGGCCGACCCUGGGGCUCAGGCCUGCUUCGGCCGCUCGAGUGAGUACCACUUGGAGGACAACGCAGCCUACUACCUGAAUGACCUGGAACGCAUCGCAGCACCCGACUACAUCCCCACGGUGGAGGACAUCCUACGCUCUCGGGACAUGACCACGGGCAUCGUGGAAAACAAGUUCACCUUCAAGGAGCUCACGUUCAAGAUGGUGGACGUGGGCGGGCAGAGGUCAGAGCGCAAAAAAUGGAUCCACUGCUUUGAGGGCGUCACUGCCAUCAUCUUCUGUGUGGAGCUCAGUGGCUAUGACCUGAAGCUCUAUGAGGAUAACCAGACGAGCCGAAUGGCAGAAAGCCUACGCCUGUUUGACUCCAUCUGCAACAACAACUGGUUCAUCAACACCUCGCUCAUCCUCUUCCUGAACAAGAAGGACCUCCUGGCAGAGAAGAUUCGGCGCAUCCCGCUCAGUGUCUGUUUCCCAGAGUACAAAGGUCAGAACACGUACGAAGAGGCUGCGGUCUAUAUCCAGCGUCAGUUCGAGGACCUAAACCGCAACAAGGAAACCAAGGAAAUCUACUCCCACUUCACCUGUGCCACCGACACCAGUAACAUCCAGUUUGUUUUUGACGCGGUGACAGAUGUCAUUAUACAGAACAAUCUCAAGUACAUUGGCCUUUGCUGA